AUGCCUAACGACGACACAUUCGGCAAGCCGGCUACACCGACGGAGGUUCCUCACGCUCCCGGAGCCCCGCCGCAGGGCAAAGCCGGAGGCUACGGCAAAGCUGCCGGGGCGAUGGCCGGAGCGGCCGGGGGUUCUGGCGCCGGGGGCAGCGGAGGUGCCUCGGGCUCCGGGCCGUCGGGCCUGGGCUCUGGAAACAAGAAGUCCCCGAGGCUGCCCAAAUGCGCUCGCUGCAGGAACCACGGCUACGCCUCGCCGCUCAAGGGCCACAAGCGCUUCUGCAUGUGGCGGGAUUGCCAGUGCAAGAAGUGCAGCCUGAUUGCUGAGCGACAGCGGGUGAUGGCCGCGCAGGUGGCCCUGAGGAGACAGCAGGCCCAGGAAGAGGAACUGGGCAUCAGCCACCCCAUCCCGCUGCCCAGCGCAGCAGAACUGCUUGUCAAAAGGGAGAACAGCGCCAGCAACCCGUGCCUGAUGGCCGAGAGCAGCAGCUCUGCCCAGCCCCCACCGGCCAGCACCCCAACCCCCACUGCCUCAGAGGGACGCAUGGUCAUCCAGGAUAUUCCUGCUGUCACCAGCAGAGGGCAUAUGGAGAACACAUCUGACCUGGUAUCAGACCCCGCCUACUACAGCAGUUUUUACCAGCCUUCUCUGUUUCCUUACUACAACAAUCUGUACAACUACCCCCAGUACUCCAUGGCCUUGUCUGCUGAGUCCUCCUCAGGGGAGGUGGGAAACCCUCUCGGGGGGUCCCCCGUGAAGAACAGCCUGCGGAGCCUCCCAGCACCUUAUGUGCCUGCUCAGACUGGAAACCAGUGGCAGAUGAAGACCUCAGAGAGCCGCCACCCAGUGAGCUCCCAGUACCGGAUGCACUCAUACUACGGGCCUCCCUCGUACCUGGGCCAGAGCAUGUCCCAGAUCUUUACCUUUGAGGAGGGCCCCUCCUACUCGGAAGCCAAAGCAAGCGUGUUCUCGCCGCCCAGCAGUCAGGAUUCCGGCCUGGUCUCCCUCUCCAGCAGCUCUCCCUUGAGCAAUGAGAGCACGAAGGGGGUUCUGGAAUGCGAGUCUGCGUCCUCUGAGCCGAGCAGCUACACCGUCAACCACGUCCUGGAAGAAGAUGACGACGAGUGA